UAGGGUUUGAAAGCAGAGAUCAUCUAUUUAGUGCUUGUUCUUACAGCAAUGCAGUGUUGCGGACAGUGCUUCAGAAAAUUUGCAGGUGGCCCUUGUUAUAGGAUUGGCAAUCCCAAUUGAGCUGGGUGGCACAGAGGUGGUCAAGUACUGAUUCGAAGGCCAAAGUUGGGAGGCUUUUGUGUACAAUGAGUUGUGCAUACAUAUGGAGAGAAUGUUGUACUCGCAUAUAUGGUGCUCGGGGUAUUUCUGACCCUUUCCAAGUCUCAGCAAAAGUAAUGCAAGAACUUCAAAUUUAUUCUACUAGUACUGUUUCUUUACAGUAGAUGGUUACCGGAUUCUUGGGAUUAUAGAGAUAUAGUCUUUUUUUUGUUUGUUCCUCUUAGUAUAGAAUUGAUAUGGUGAUUGUAAUGAGUUGACACUUUUGAGAGGGAGGUUGCAAGUUGCACCUCCUCAGGCUUCAAUACAAUUUUGAUUAACCAUAAAAAAAUAUCAUUUUCUACCUCUCUACUAUGAUAAAUUAACAAACGUACUUCUCUACUAAAAUUUUGUACAAACAUACUCUUCUAAUAUUAAAACGUAACGAGCUUAUUCUUCCAUUAAUUUUUUGUUAAGUAACUGUUAAACGAGCUGUAAAAUUACUCAAAUACCCCUCAUUUACUUUUUAACAUUCCUAAUUUGGGUUUUAAUUAUUUAUGUCCCAAAUCAAUUUAUUAAAAUAAAAGCACCCCUAAACUAAAUCACACCAAAAAGCAGAAACCGUCUGUCUCCCUGGCGAUUUGUCGCUCUACUUGGCGGCUGCUCCUGCUCCCAACCUCUCCUCGCCGGUGGUUGGAGUAGACAGAACAGGUCGAUACGGUUCUCAUCGAGCCCAUUGUCUGUUUGCUUCGGGAUUCGAUCGCUUGCCUGCUCAUGGUGAAAACCAUAACGCUUUAAUGAUAAAGGGAAAGGGGUAAAGGCUUUGGGGCUCUUGUUGUCCUUUGCCUGAGUAUGUAUAGGAAUUGGAACAAGGUUCCCGCGAGCGCACAUGGCCUUCUUCGAAAAAAAAAAUAACAAAUAGGUUUGCUUAAUUUUUUUUUUAUCUAUAUAUUAUUGGUGGGAGGCUGGGAGCUUGGAGCAAAGCAAGGCGAUAUCUUCGAGGGGGAGGGGUGUCGGUCUGUCCAGUCCACAGUCCACAGGUAAGUAAGUUCAAGUAGUGGCGGGCACUGUCACUGCCGGCGAAUCGGUGACUCAGUGAUGCGCUUAACCGGAGUUCAUUCCGAGGACUGACUAGCCCUCAGAUCCGUCUUUGUCGACUCCAUUCCCGGUCGCUUACUUCCAAAUAUGGGUGGUAACGGAAUCCUAUAAUUUUCUCUCAACUUUUUGGGGUUUCCUUUUGCUGUUUCUUGUCUUCCAAAACGAUCAAUGCUUCGUCUUUUUUAUUGCGAUUUGCGAUGAUAUUCGUUCCGCUCUUAUCAAAUCCUGAGAAAUAUGGCGACGGGCGGUUCUCAGGUAAGAAGCCGGCUUCCACUCGCUCCACUAGCACUAGCUUAUGGCUGUCUUCAAACAGGAGCAAGAGGUGGGCGGAGCUUUUCUUCCUUCUCUAUACUCCUUUCUGGCUCACUCUAUGUUUGGGCAUUAUCGUCCCUUACAAGCUCUACGAGAGCUUUGCCGAGUUGGAAUAUUUGCUUGUGGGCUUGGUAUCUGCAGUUCCUGCCAUCUUGAUACCAGCAUUGUUUGUUGGAAAGGCCGAUAGAAGCUUGGCACUGAAGGAUCGCUAUUGGGUUAAGGCAAGCCUGUGGAUAAUCAUUUUUAGCUAUGUUGGAAACUACUUUUGGACCCACUAUUUCUUUACUGUGCUGGGAGCUGAGUACACAUUCCCAUCCUGGAAGAUGAAUAAUGUUCCACACACAACCUUUCUAUUGACCCAUGUUUGCUUUCUUUUCUAUCAUGUCACCUCGAACAUGACACUUCGGAGGCUACGGCAUGCUACUGUCGAUUUGCCAGGCCCAAUUCGGUGGGCAUUCGAGGCAUCUUGGAUUUUGGCUCUUUCCUAUUUCAUUGCAUACUUGGAGACAAUUGCCAUUGCCAACUUCCCUUACUAUGACUUUGUGGACCGAGAAGCCAUGUACAAAGUUGGGUGCUUGUUUUAUGCCAUCUAUUUCAUCGUUAGCUUCCCUAUGUUUCUGAGGAUUGACGAGAAACCAGGUGAUGCAUGGGACUUGCCAAGGGUAGCUGUUGAUGCGCUUGGAGCUGCAAUGCUGGUUACAAUAAUACUCGACUUGUGGCGACUUUUUCUAGGGCCGAUUGUACCACUUCCCGAGACAAAGCAAUGUCUUCAGCCCGGGCUCCCCUGGUUUACUGGAGAUGCGAACCAGACGUAGGAGUGUGUACGUGAGUAUCUGGUGCUGUAUUGACGAACUCAUGAGUCAGGGUAAAUGCAGGCGAAGUGUGGAGAAUGGAGUAGCAUGAUCUUGCAGCCUUAGAUCUCUGGCUUUGUCCCUUUUGGACAUCAGAACAUAUGGGCCAUUUGGGGUUUUCUUUCCUUUCCUGAGGGCAAAGUCGGGUUUGUUUAGUUGAAGUGUUUGCUUAUUAAUCUGGAAUCUCAUUGGCAACUGAAAACUAGGGAGUGGCGAGAGCAGAGUUUGUUCUGCCCUCAACCAUCUUUGAUGUUGUAUGUCUACUGCUCUUGUUGCACUAAAUGUAACAACAUUUCCUGAUUACGAAUUUUGUCAAGGUGAACAAGGUUUUCCUUAACUGUAUAUUUACCAGUGAGUGAUGUUACUUGUUAAAAUCUAUCCUUUCUUGUGUUUUCCCGCCAGUGAGUGAUGUUACUUGUUAAAAUCUAUCCUUUCUUGUGUUUUCCCGCCAAUGCGAUCUGGAGGCAAGAGCAUCGAACAUAACAUUUCAACGGCGAUAGAUUUGUUGGGAAUGAAUAUUGUUUGUGUCUAAUUGACUGUAGAAGUGAGACACGAGGGUAAGGGGUUAUGAGCGAGGGAGAAACGUAAACUUCCGUUGUAUUCCUUGGCCGGAUUGCAGAGGAGAAUGAGAAUUCUAGAGGGAGAAAGCUCAAAGUUCUAGGAGAAACUAAAAAUUGAUCCCUCACCCACUGGAGUAAAUGCUCUAGUUAUAGGUCUCUGGACAUUAAAUACGACAUGACAUUCAACAAUACCGGCAGGUGCAUAUCCUGACGGCCAUGCUUGUGAUGUGACCGUGUGUUAGGCUGUGGGAACGUUGUCGUUUGGAGGAUUUCGUUCCACGAUAAUGUCUUAAACCACCUUCUUCCCCGCAACUUCGUAAGCGCGCUGGCGUCGUGUAGCACGGUUGUGUGAGCGCAUAACCGCGCCAUAUCCCCAACAAUUGUCCCUAGCAGUGCUUACAGAUUCAAUCACAGGUGAUACGCAUUCAAUUGCAAACAGAAGACUGGUUAAUUGAACAGUUAGCAAAUAUGUACCCCUAAAAAAGUAGCGGCCUAUUUUCUAGCAGCUUCUUCGAAAAAAGAUCCAAUGAUGGCUAUGUAAAAGGCCCGGCUUCCCAGAGAGGUUAAUGCCCUAGGAUUUUAUCCAUCCCCACCCAUAUGGAAUAGCUGCAAAAGGAAUUCAAUCUCCAGUGACCAAGAAGAAGGGAACGACAAUCGUCUGCUAAUUGAAGAUGGACCCUUGAGGAUUUUCUAGUUUGGAUGCGAGUAGUUAUACUUAUUUUUAGGUUGAGCCUGCGACCUUAGAGCCCGCGCACUGAUCACAAAAAAAGAAGCAGACACCCUUGUUGUUUAAUCACACGAAUACAAAAAAAAAAUCUACCUUUUUAUAAGCCCAACAUGCCUCAAAUAAGGUUGGGGUCACGGCGAGAGGGUGUUUGCUGGGGCCUGGGAAAAAAAGUCCGACCGGUGCUCUACCGUUUUAAACUGAAGCUUCUAGACCAGAUCUUUGUCGGACUAAUCAGCAUGGCCCAAACGAAAGUAAAUAACCGCCCGAACUUCAGUUCGAUUAAUUUAUCUUAUGAUAGAGUUGUUCCUUAGCCCUUCUGUGACAAUGAAGCUGAGGUUAUGUUCUGCAGGAACAGCCGUACGUACCCAACUAGAGAAAGCUAUAUUGGGUCCCAAGGUUACUCUCGAUAGAGGUACAAAUAAUUAGGCUUCUCAAGGCAAUAUAAAUUGAAGAAAAAG